GUUCAUUACUAGCUCAUGGACACUGAGGAAAGAGGCUGAACGUCUAUAACCCUGUUCACACGCGACGUCGAAGGGGCGGACAGUAUAAAACAGAUUAGCCAAAAAGCAGGGACUCUGUUGGGGGGCGUGUGGAAGCCUCUGAAGAUCAUCUGCGCCAUGGCAUUCCAGCAAGUUGUAGCAAUACUAGUGCUGGUGGUUGGGGUAGCGAAAGGCUCAUCAGAUAUUUUUCGGUGCCCAGGCGUCGGUCGCUUCGCAGACGCUGAGGACUGUACCAGAUACCAUGUGUGCCUGGAUGUGGGUCGAGGCCUGCAGGCCGGGUGGGCGAGAUGUCCUUCCGGCCAGUUCUUCCACCCCGACCUGCUCACGUGCCUAGACUGGAUGGAGGAGCUGCCCCCCACAUGUCGGCAAAAUCACAUCGCUCGUGCCUACGAGGAUCCGGUCAUCGACGGGGGUGAAGCCAUCGAGAAGUGCGACGCCCUCACCGGAGAAGUCUGCGGCUACUGCAAGCAGAUCAUCAGCUGUGAAGGUGACUCGAAUGAUAUCACGACAUCACACACUAUGUGCCAGCCCGGCGAGUAUUGCUUGCAGUUCACUGACCCAAUGAACGGUCGCCUGGCGGGUUGCUUCGAGGAAUGCGUGGACUGUCAGUGUCCGAUUCCCUUGGAUAGCGUUCUGCAUCCCGACAUGUAUGACGACCGCACGUAUUUCACCUGCAAUGAUUUCGAGACCAAAGGCCAGCGUUUCUUUCGCUGUGGUACCACUCAGUACUUCGAUCCAGAUCUGCAUGCCUGUAUAGAAAGGCCGCCUCCCACAUCUUGCGCUACGAGCGUAAGAAACUGCACAAACGUUGGAUUUUUCGUGCUUCCAGAGGACUGUCGACAGUAUUAUCAGUGUUUUUAUGAAGUUACAGAUGGGGAUUACAACAUGACUUCCGAAUGCUAUGAAUGUAACCAGGGGGAAUAUUUCUACCCUGACCUCGGAUGUAAAAAAGCCGCUGACUUUGAAUGCGAAAUCGCAGGACAGUUCGCAGACGUCUCCGACUGCCACGCCUACCAUCUCUGCGUUGACUUUGGAGGCGGACUCAUACACUCACACACUCUUUGCCCAGAUGAUACGUAUUUUGACUCCAAAAGUGGCCACUGCAUUCAUGGUACGUGUGAAUCGCAAUGCAAAACAGAACCUCUCGAUGUACCUGUCUGGUUCUGGUGAAAAAAAAAAAAAAAU